AUGCCCCCGUGGCGGCGGCGGCUCUGCUGCUGGGCCAAGCGCUCGCUGCUCCGGGCCCCCCUGGUGGGGGCGCUCUCCCUGGCCUCCCUCCUGGCCAUGUUCCUGCUCUUCAGCCCCCACGACUGGCUGCCCGGCCGGGCGGGGCUGAAGGAGAACCCCGUGGUCUACACUUUCCGGGGAUUCCGUUCCCCCAAGAGCGAGGCCAACCACAGCGCCCUGCGGGGCCUCUGGAGGGACGCCGGGCCCCGCACGCCGCGGCCGCACGCCGCGGCCAACGCCAACGGCUCGGACCCUGCGCCGCCGGGGGUCACGGGGCUGGAGAACACGCUCGGCGCCAACGGGAGCCUUUACAGCGAGGGGGGCGCCGGGCACCCCCACCCCCACCGCUUCCGGUAUCUCAUCAACGAGCCCGCCAAGUGCCGGGACCGGAGCCCCUUCCUGAUCCUGCUCAUCGCGGCCGAGCCCGAGCAGACGGAGGCGCGCAGAGCCAUCCGGCAGACCUGGGGCAACGAGAGCCUGGCCCCCGGCGUGGCCAUCGCGCGCCUCUUCCUGCUGGGCCUGGCGACUCCCAGCGGGGACAGCCCCUUCCAGCGCGCCAUCCUGGAGGAGAGCAGGCGGCACCGCGACAUCGUCCAGCAGGACUACCUGGACACCUACUACAACCUGACCACCAAGACGCUCAUGGGCAUGCACUGGGUGGCCACCUACUGCCCGCACGCCCCGUACGUGAUGAAGACGGACAGCGACAUGUUCGUCAACACGGAGUACCUGAUCCACAAGCUGCUCAAGCCGGACCUGCCCCCACGGCGGAACUACUUCACCGGCUACCUGAUGAGGGGCUACGCGCCCAACCGCAACCGGGCCAGCAAGUGGUACAUGCCCCCCGACCUGUACCCCAGCGAGCGCUACCCUGUCUUCUGCUCGGGCACCGGCUACGUGUUCUCGGGGGACCUGGCCGGGAAGAUAUUCAGGGUCUCCCUGGGCAUCCGCCGCCUGCACCUGGAGGACGUGUACGUGGGCAUCUGCCUGGCCAAGCUGAGGAUCGACCCCGUGCCCCCGCCCAACGAGUUUGUGUUCAACCACUGGCGGGUGUCUUACUCCAGCUGCAAGUACAGCCACCUGAUUACCUCCCACCAGUUCCAGCCCGGCGAGCUGGUCAAGUACUGGAACCACCUGCAGCAGAACAAGCACAACGCGUGCGCCAGCGCGGCCAAGGACAAGGCAGGCCGGCUUCGCCACCGGAAGCUGCACUAGGAGCCACGGGGCUCUGCUGUCCGGUUGAGGCGUGCAAUCUGUAACAUACCCCUAAAAGCAUGGAUAGCGACACUGAUCAUACGCGUAGGACAAGUUUUAGUUAAAACUCAUCACAUACGAGAGUCCCAAAACUAUUUUUUUAAUUCCUAAAGACGGUGAUUCUUAAAAAAAAAUACAUUAUGAAGCAGAAGGGCGCCCGAGGGGCUUUAUAAGAGAACUGUCAGGGGUUCUGGGUAUUAACAUGCAAUAACAAGCAUGCCUGUGUCAAUGGCUCGAGUCUCAAGUUAGGGGCCAGUAAGAUGUAUUUGCCUAUAUUUUCCUCGUGAGUUUUAAUUUAAGAAAUGGAGACAGUCCAAAGACCGUUCAUUUUAGAUGCAGCAUAGAAUUAAUGUAAAUAAAACAUCACCGUCCGCGUUAAGGAGACUUUGUCAUUGUGCAAAUGACCAAUGUGGCGACCUGACUGCUCUAAGGAUCUGCUAACUGUAUUCUGUGCAAUAAGGUUCAGCUGAGUCAUUGCAAACACACAGUCAUAAAGCUCAGAUGAUUUAUCCGUGAGUUCUCAUCUCAUUUCUUAUUUAAAAACACACACACACACAAUGCAGAUACUCAUUUUCUUUUCCUAAGACUCACAUAUAUCGGGGGAAAGUCUUCUGACAUGAUGUGAUAAAAUGUGAAAAAUCUAUGUGUCUCAGGCUCAAGUUUUUAUACAAAUGGGAGGUUUCAGACGGACAGAUGUGCGCUCUGGCCGGCGUAAGGGCCACGCUGGCCCACGCUCUGCGGAGUGCUCGCCCGCCCCUGGCACACCUGUGGAGAGAGAGGGGUCCCUCUCCCUGGGGCAGGGCGAUGACUUACGGGCACAGAGGUGCUGCUGGAAGCAGGUAAAAGGCAGAGAGAGCAGGCACAGCCGCUCACUCAAUCCCUUCCCGGGCUGCACGCUGCCAGGCAGCAGCAGAUGGGAGUUUACGUCCUGACAGCAGGUGCACACACGCCGACACUUAAUCACUCCGUGGCACCCCCUCCUCGCCGGUGCCAAGUUUACAAACCUGGGGUUCUAAUUCGGCAGAUGACAGACAGUCUGCAUUACCUGUGAACACCUUCCGGGGGGCGGGGAAGCUACGAAUGUUUGAAGAACACUUGAUUCUAGGACGAGCAAUGUAUACGAUGCACUUUUGUCAAGUUUUUAAUAAAAAGAGUGAA